CGCUUGUAAUGCACGAUCGUAAACAUCACAUCAAACAUCCUGAACCCGCAGGUAAAUACUGAUGGAGUGAUGCACCAGGACAGCAUUGUCGCUAUCAGUAUCAGCCCAUGCCUUUCUACGCAUUGAGACGGCCUUCGGAUUCCCGACCAAAACUUUGUAGAGACUAUUGCAGGCGUAGAGUUAUCGUAACCAUUUCAGAAGUGCGACGAUGGAGGUUGCUCGUUCUUAACGAACGUCAGCGGAGAAGGCAGGUCGCUGAGUGCCGGACUCUCUCACUACCCCUCCAAUCCUCCUUCCCCGGGCACUGCCUCCAUCCUUCUCUUCCUCCAUCUCUCCCCUCAGGUCGCUGAGUGCCGGACUCUCUCACUACCUCUUCAAUCCUUCUUUCCUGGGUGCUCUCUCCCUCUCUUCCUUCCUCUCUUUCUCCCCUCAAGUCCCCGACCGCCGGACUCUCUCGCUACCUUAUCGACCUCCCCCCUACCCUGGGCACUCCAUCCCUGCAAGUAGCCGACCGCCCCUCUCUCCCUCCCUCCCUCCCUCUCUCCCUCCUUCCCUCCAUCCCUACAAACCACUGACCCCAGACCCUCCGUCACUCCCCCUGGGGAACGCUCCCGCCCUCGCCGCUCACCAAGCUGGAGGACAUCAACAACCACUGCCUCUGCCUGGGCGUGCGCAUCAAGCGGCGGCGCGGCGGCGGCAGCGGUAAGCGGCCGUACCCGACGAUGAAGAUCAACGAGCGCAACGUCGUGCGUUUCGCGACGUCAGCGUCGGUCGUCGACCGGCAGGGCUUCCUGCUCAAGCGCGGCGAGGUGAACCGUUCCUUCCAGAAGCGCUACUUCGUCCUCAAGGGCAACCUGCUGUUCUACUUCGAGCGGCGCGACGACGCAGAGCCGUGCGGAGUCAUCAUCCUCGAGGGAUGCACGGUCGAGCUCGCCGAGGACGAGCGAGAGCCGUACUCGUUCAACGUGGUGUUCCACGGCGCGGGCGCACGCACCUACGUGCUGUCCGCCGACAGUCAGGAGAGCAUGGAGGCGUGGAUGAGACGCGUCGCCUGCGCCGGAUACGACUACGUCAAGACGAUGGUCGCAGAGCUUCAGCGGCAGCUCGAGGAGCUGGAGGAUGCGGAGCGCGAGACGGAUGCGGCGCGACCCGGCGACGACCCCGCGGCGACGCAGGGCAGCGACGGCAGUCUCACGUCGUCGUCGUCGUCGUCCCGCGGCGGGCGUCCGCGCUUCAACCCGUUCAACAAGAUCCCGGCGGUCGGCGAGGCGGACAUCUUCUGCGUGCGGGCGAGCGCGGGACGUGGCGGCGACGCGCGGCGGUCGCCUAGCGUCACGUCCAGCCGCAGCCACGGCAGCGGAGCGUCGAGCCGAGAGUCGUUCCUCGACCUCCACGAACAGUUCGGCGCAAAGAUACGCAAGCAGAUCGAGGAGAGGAAGUCGUCGUCGUCGGCAACCGCGCCGGUGGAGCGACCGUCCGUGACGUAUCUCAGUAGCGUGUAGCGAGGGUUGCGACCUUGGGGCGCCCUUUGGCUAGAACUAGCUCCGCUCAGGGCGGCACGAUCGAGUCCGCCGUAUAACCUCGAACUUUGCACCGAACCACGGUCUGCUGUUGUGAAAUCUUGAUGCAACAAGGAAAUGGAAUCUGUUAGUUGUUCGACGCCGAAUCGUCCAUCGAUUGAAACUAUCCACCCCAGUGUAGUCUAGAUGUUAGAUAAAUUAUUCGCUGAUGCUAGACGCCGCGUGUAUUUAUAGCAGUUCUUCACUCACAGCUAUGGCGUUGUUAAGUCAGAUUGUGAUUGCAAAGUGUUUGUCGUAAAGUCAACGAAUGUUUGGUACUUUGAAAUUACGUGGCCUAUUACGAAAUGUGUCAAUCAGAAUGAAAAGGCCAUGGAAAAAAUGUGCCUCAAUUUGUGCAUACAGGUGUGAGGCUUGGUACACAGGAGUGAUUACGACUGGUGUUGAUCACAUUGUAAUGCGUGCGAGCGUUUAACUAGAUCAUUUGGCAGUCAUAAUAUAUGUUACGCUUCGUUACGGUUAGAGUCAUUUCAUUAGUAUCCCGGUAUGUUAAAAGUAUUAUGUAGUAUGCAUUAAAUGAUUGUUAGUUACAAUUGGCAAGACAAGUAAAUUCUUGAUUGUGAUUUUUUGUAUAAAACAUCGAGUUGUUGUUGACUUCUGAAUGAUUAUGCUCUUACUAUACUGGUGCAUGAUGUUACCAGUAAUUUCUUGUAAUAUUAUAUAUUAGUAUAUAUGCUUCUAUUUAUGAAUCGUCUUUAUUUGAUCAAUAUUAGUCUACAGUGAGCUAAUGCGUUUUUCCAAAGUUUUAUAUUGAAUCAAUAUUCAUGUUUAAGAUAUGUAUUUGUGAAAUUUCCGACGUAUUAAAUUGCACCUUUUUCAUCCAGAUGGAAAAGUGUUUCAUUGAAAAA